UUUUAAACUGGGAUUUUCCUGAUAUGACUGCAACUUAUUACGAGUUAGUUCCAUAACAACUAGGACAUAAAAUGUGUGUCAGGUGGCCCUUAAAGCUUGAAAUUCGGUCAGUCUUGUAUAUUUCGACGUAAGCAAAAGUAUUAGCGCAUGUUUAAUGUGAUAUAGUUCUGACAUCAUUGAACGUGCGUUUUGUGUGUUAUUUUGAAAAAUGGAAAGAAGUGCUGAAGAUAGUUGAGACUGAACUCCAGUAAAAACAUAGUAACAGCACAGUGCCAUUAGUGGAUCAUUGAGUCAUGGCUCGAACAAAGCAGACUGCUCGGAAAUCAACUGGUGGUAAAGCUCCUCGGAAGCAGUUGGCCACCAAAGCAGCACGUAAGAGUGCACCAUCUACCGGUGGUGUUAAGAAGCCUCAUCGUUACAGGCCAGGUACUGUUGCCUUGCGUGAAAUCCGGCGAUACCAAAAAUCUACAGAGUUGUUGAUUAGGAAGUUACCAUUCCAACGUCUUGUAAGAGAAAUUGCUCAGGAUUUUAAAACUGACUUAAGGUUUCAGAGUGCUGCAAUUGGUGCAUUACAGGAAGCCAGUGAAGCAUACCUUGUAGGUUUAUUUGAAGACACCAAUUUAUGUGCUAUUCAUGCAAAACGUGUUACCAUCAUGCCCAAGGACAUUCAGUUGGCAAGAAGAAUCCGUGGAGAACGGGCAUAAGUGUACUUUGGUUUAUGGUAUUGAAAAAUAAAAUAUCUACAUGUUCACAGUUUUUAACCAGCAGA